UUUACCACAAAUCGUCUGGUAACCUGGAAUUGAAAGCAUAUCCUGCUCCGAAAAGUGAGGACGAUAACUGUGGUUCAAAGCUGGUAGAAGGGGUAGCACGCCGUACGACCAGUCCCUUAAAAUGCUCCAGUAAGCGGCCACUACUAACAACUUAGCAUUUGUAAAUAAGAAACGAUCCUUCCCCCAGCUGGAUGAGCUGAAGGGAGACGCUCUGCAGUCGUACCAAGAACAACCUUCGAGUUUUUUGCUGUUGGUUUAUUGGUCUAUUUCUCUCUUUUUUAAAGUGCUCUGUUUUUGCAGGAAGACUUUAGCGUUGUGCGAACAAGACUGGAGCUAUUUUUGAUUCGACUUCGAGGCGGCAGCUUAAGUUUGUGGCGCUGCUAAGAGCACGUUCGAGUUUUGAUGCUAGUGUAAACCCAUUUAUCUGUCUGGACCAUCAAAGCGCUGAAGUGUGACAGAGUGACUGUUUGGAUUCCAGGAGAGCGAUGAGAAGAGCGUUCGGAUGCUCAGGCUCGCUGACGAUAGCGCUUCAGUUUUAGGCUCCCUUCGUGUGUGUUUUUUUUUUUUUAAUCCGUGUGGGCUAUUGUAGAUCCGUUUGGUUGGCGAAGGUCCUUAUCUGGAAACAUCCAGUACCAGAUUUACUCCUCACCCCCUUCAACGAUCAAACAAGCCGGGAGCAGACCCUCGCUGUCCCACACCACCGUGGCUUUCAGUCUGUCUACGUGCAGUACGCUGGACAUGGAUCAAUUCAAGAAAAAACGCAUCGAAGCCAUCCGAGGGCAGAUUCUGAGUAAGCUGAAACUCGCCGCCCCCCCAAAGGACUUCCCCGAACCCGAGGAGGUGUCCCGGGACAUCGUCUCCAUCUAUAACAGCACCCGGGACUUAUUGCAAGAAAAAGCGAACGAACGGGCGGCGACUUGCGAACGGCAACGGAGCGAGGAGGAGUACUACGCCAAAGAGGUGCACAAGAUCGACAUGCAGCCCGUCCACUCGCCAGAGAAUGUUAUUUCUCCUACACCCUUCAACCCUUACUUCCGGUGGCUGACUUUUGAUGUGUCCUCUAUGGAGAAGAAUGCCUCCAACUUGGUGAAGGCAGAGCUCAGGAUCUUCCGUCUUCAAAACCCUGGGGCCCGAGUGUCUGAGCAACGAAUUGAGCUUUAUCAGAUUUUAGGAUAUAAAGGUCUGACAUCCCCAACACAGCGGUAUAUUGACAGCAAGGUAAUACGAACACAAACAGAGGGGGAGUGGUUAUCCUUUGAUGUUACAGAGGCAGUUAGUGAAUGGCUAAACCACAGAGACCGAAACAGUGGAUUCAAGAUCAGCCUGCACUGCCCGUGCUGCACUUUUGUACCAUCAAAUAACUACAUAAUUCCUAAUAACAGUGAGGAGCUGGAGGCACGAUUUGCAGGUAUCGAUGACAACCUAAUCCAUGGUCGUGACCUGAAGGUUUUUAGGAAGUGGCAGCACAGUGUUCGGGGUCCACAUCUUCUCCUCAUGUUGCUGCCUUCAUACCGCCUGGAGUCCCAGUCCCAACAUAAGAACCAUCGAUCGAAGAGAGCUCUCGAUACUGCCUACUGCUCCAAAAAUGUUCAGGAUAACUGCUGCUUACGAUCGCUCUACAUUGAUUUUAAGAGGGACCUGGGCUGGAGGUGGAUCCAUGAGCCCAAGGGCUAUGAGGCCAACUUUUGUGCAGGGGCCUGUCCAUAUUUGUGGAGUGCGGACACCCAGCAUUCCAAGGUGUUAGGUCUGUAUAACACCAUCAACCCUGAAGCAUCGGCAUCCCCCUGCUGUGUCUCCCAAGACCUGGAGCCUCUCACUAUCCUGUACUACAUCGGCAAGACCCCCAAAAUAGAACAGCUCUCAAAUAUGAAGGUCAAGUCCUGCAAGUGCAGCUAGAAGUCCUUAGAAAAUACAUACUCUUCUUUCAUCCAGAGUGGAGUGAGUUAACGUACCGUCAAAGUGCCGCUGCACUCAUUUACUAGCAAUCCUACAGCAGUCGUUUCACACAGGCAUGGCCAGGAAUGGUGUAUUAGAGAAUAAAAGAAACAAGUCAAUGUGAGUUCAAUGCAUAUUCAACAUACAGGACCAGAGCAGUUAUAAUACCAAAAACCUUAGUUCGAUGCACUGUAUAGACAAAAAUGUUGGGCCUUCAUGUAAAUUCAUGUGUGUUCAGCCCUGUUGCUACAGGUGUUAAUAAUCAUGCACCUAGCCAUGAAGUCUGCCUUUAAAAGAUCUGUAAAAGAAUUGGUCAUUCUAAAGAUCUCGUUGACUGAGUAUGGUACUAUAAUAAGAUGUAAAGAUUCCAACGAGUCAUUUUGUUAAAUAUUAUUUCUCAUAGAUAUGAAGUGAUCAACUGUAAGUAGUUUUAUCGCAAAGUGAAACAGUAACUCAUCCAGGAAGUGAAAGACCUUGUAAAGUUACAAAGGAGUUCUGAAGCAUGUUGUACAUAAAAGUCGCUAACGCUCUGUUAAAUCAAUAACUGCAGAGUUAAUUAAUUAUUAAUACCAGAACUGCAUACCAGAGCUGCCAGAAGCUUCAUGUAUAGGUAACCCAGUACUUUUGUUCAUAUAGGAAGAAUUGUAUUUCUGUAUUGACACAGGUUUGCAAGUAAAAUGAGCUUGUGCGCUGUUCUCCUAAUAAAUGGUCAAAGAAGAAUAAUACUUCUUAAUAAUAUUUCUUAGUAAGGGUAAUUUACAUCAUGAAGGCCUGCUCUCAAAAACUGAUAUAGAUAAAUCCAGCUACACAUCCAGAAAUAAGUGCUUAAAGUUUUUAGAAAAUGUUUAGUGCCAUCUUGUGUCAGUACAGAACAUUACGUCACCUGGUUGGUUUGUUGGUUGCUGUUAAACUUGCACUGAACCAACCAACUCAGGUGAAAAUAAGGACACUAAAACUAACCCUACUAACUCUACUCUCCCAGAAUACUCAAAGCGCUCUAUACAACACGACAUCACGACAUUCACACAAGCACUGUCUUCUCUGCUUUGAAGUGCUUACUAACUACGGUGGAUGCAUCGGAGAACAACUUGGGGUUAAUAUCUUGCCCAAGCAUAUUUGGCAUGCAGACUGGGGGGGGGGAGCCAGGGAUCAAACCACCGACCUUCCAGUCAGUAGAUGCUCAACCUCCUGAGCUAUAGCCACCCUACAGAGUUUUAUGUCUGUUAACAUAAAGCUCAUUGCUACAGCGAGAGGCAGCACAAAAGUGAACCCUUUAAAUGAAAUUUUAGUUUUAGCCUCCUCAUAUUCCACUGAGUUACUAGUUCUGUUAUUAGUUUGCUAAAAUAAACUGAAGUCUUUUAACAGCAACGAACAAACCAACCAACUUGGUGAUGUAGCAUUCUGUACAGAUCACAAGAUGGCGCUAAACAUGUUUAAAACAUGCACUUGUUUCUUAAAUCCAGCUACAAGGAGUGUUAAAUCCAUAUCAGUUUUUGAGAGCAGGGCUCCAUGGUGUAAAUUAGCCUUUGUCCACUUUAAUCCAUCGGAAAAAUAAAUAAUGAAUAGUUCACAUAGUUUUUUUCCCUCACCAAUAUGCAAUACUGAAAUAUUUUCCUCAAUAACCUCAAUAUCAAGUCUAGUAUUUACAGUUAAUUUUAUUAUUGAGUCUGCUUCAUUGACUUUUUAGGAGUCUUGUUAAAAUCCAGUGGCGUUUUAGAUCAUAACAAACUUUACAUCAGUUAUAUUUUUGGUUCAUUACAUGAGGCUAGAGAUUUGUUUGGGUUGUUUUUUUUUUUUAAAUCAUACACUUGCAGAGUUCUGAAUUAAAAAACAAAAAAGUGCUGUCAGCUCCAAUAUCUUUUUGAAAUAUUGUGGCGCUAAAGCAGCACACAUUCAAAAAGUCCAGGCCGGUAUAGUAUUCAGUACCAAGUUAUGUGAGAAUACAGCAAACACUGGAAAUGUAAGUGAUAUGUGUAUAUAUGUGAAAUAAGUCCUUGAAAAAACAGAUCUACUCAGACCUACCUAACACUUUGCUUUCAACCACUUAGCCCUUCAGCAGAUAUCAAAGGCGCAAUACCACAUUCUUAUACAUCAUUAUUUAUUUGAUUCCUUGAGAAGUAUUCUUCAGUUUUGCAUUUUCUGAUUCUGUACAGUAAGACAUUGCAGUAAGAUGUCCUGCAACCUUGCAGUGUUGACAUAUAUUAUCUACUCCAUUUUGUAGUUUAUUUAAUAGACACACACAACUUUUAUUAAGCCAUCAUAAGAGGGAAUAAGAUGUUGCAUUAGAAUUGUAAAGACUAUUUUGAUUUAUUAUGGCAAUAGUAUUAAUUUUAUAGCUUCUCAUUUAUAUUAUAAAACAUUUCUUCAAGAGGUAAGAAAAACAGUGUUGUAUGUAAUAACUUUUAAUUGCUAAAUUGGCAUACUAUGUUAACAGUUUUAAGCAGUAAUGGAGCAAAUGGCCCUUUUAAAUAGCCCAGUGUAACAGAUCCCAUAACACGUUUAAGUAAAAAGCUUAGAUUCUGAAUCAUUGUAACCCCGAGUCUGCUGUCUGUGUUGUUUAAAAAAGAAAAUACAUGUUUAUUUAUGAUGUUUAUUUUCUGAAACAGAAAAUUCUGUAAAUGUGUAAUAGCAAUCAAUAAAAAGUGUUUUCAUCAUUAA